AUGACACCCUCAUUCCUGCUAAGCUUUGCCGCCGCGGCGCUCGCGCUGCAUGUCAUCCGCCUGCUAUUCCUCUCAUGGCAGCGGUCGCGACAUGCUAAGAGCCUGGGCUGUGGCGCCGCUCCUAUGUACCCUUUCAAGGAUCCGCUAGGAAUCAGCAACCUGAUGCAGUCGCUGGCGGCCGAUCGCGAACAUGCCAUCCCCGAGCUGGCUACGAAGCGCAUCGAGGUGAUCAGCAACCUCCAAGGCCGCUAUGUCUCGACUGUUAUACUCCGCAACCUCGGCCGCGAUAACUUGUUUACGACCGAUCCGAAGAAUAUCCAGGCUCUGCUGGCGACGCAGUUUAAGGAUUUUGGGCUCGGACCUACCAGGCUUUCCAGUCUUCACCAGUUGCUGGGCACGGGAAUCUUUACGGCAGACGGAGAGGAAUGGUCGCGAUCCCGCUCACUGCUCCGCCCUCAGUUCACCCGUGAGCAGAUCAGCCAGCUGGAUCUGGAGGAGGCACAUGUGCAAAAAGCGAUGCAGGCACUGCCCGUGGCGGCAGAUGGUUGGACGACCCCCACCGAUAUCCAGUCGAUCUUUUUCCGCUUGACCAUCGACUCAGCAACGGAAUUCCUAUUCGGCGAGAGUGUAGAGAGCCAGAUCGGUGCACUACAAGGCCUAAACCGGCCUGAGGACAAAUUUGCCUCUUACUUCGACCGCUCCCAGUGGGUUGCUGCGCAGCGAGCCCGGUUCGAGAAGUUCUCUUGGGUAGUGGACAACAAGGAGACCCGGUACUCAGAUGCGCAGGUGCAUGCAUUUGUAGACAAGUUCGUCAAGAACGCACUGGAUGCGGUUCAGCGGGACAAGAAGCCCCUAGACGAAGAGAAGCCUGCUAGCUAUGUCUUCCUCGAUGCGCUAGUCGCUUCAACCCAUGACCCAAUCGAGCUGCGCUCCCAACUCCUCAACAUCCUACUCGCAGGCCGCGACACGACCGCCUCCCUCCUAAGCUGGACCAUCCAAAUGCUCACGCGCCACCCAGCCGUCUUCCACAAACUGCGCGAGACAAUCAUCACCGAUUUCGGCACCUACGCCGCUCCACACGAUAUCACCUUCGCCAAUCUCAAAUCCUGCCAGUACCUACAGCACUGCAUGAAUGAGGUCCUGCGCCUCUAUCCCGUCGUGCCUUUCAACCGCCGCACCGCAAUCCGCGACACGACGCUCCCGCGCGGCGGCGGCCCAGACGGCCUAUCCCCUGUUUUCGUCCGCAAGGGCCAGAACGUCGCCUACAGCACCUACGUCAUGCACCGCCGGCAGGAUCUCUGGGGUCCUGACGCGAAUGAAUUCAAGCCCGAGCGCUGGAUGGAUCGGAAGGUUGGGUGGGAGUACCUCCCGUUCAACGGCGGUCCGCGUAUCUGUAUCGGACAGCAGUUUGCGCUUACUGAGGCGGGAUACGUGAUUGUUCGUUUGUUGCAGCGCUUCGAUAAGAUUGAGGAUGUUUAUCCCGAUCGCAAGAUCCGCGGCGCGUUGACCCUGACUAUGGCCCCAGCGGAUCUGGUGACUGUGCGUCUGCAUGAAGCGGAUACCGCUUAA